UCCCAGAAAGCAUCUGUGGCAAGAGAUACAUGCGCAAAAGAGGAAACCAUGGAGAAAGAGGAAGAGACGAGGAGACGAGACGCAUUCGUGUUUGUGUUUCUUUUUUGUUUGAUCAAAUGAACGACGCUGACAUUUCGGAGAACGAGACGGUUUGGUUCCGAGUUUCAGAGUUUCUAAGACAUCAUGAUGAAGACAAGUAUCGUGUCUCUAACCGUCUGGUUCACUCAGGUUCUAACCCUCUGUGCUCUUCAUGAAAACCUUCUGACCACACCGGAGCUGGAAGUUUCCACAAGGUCUGAAAACCUCACAACAAACAAAGAUGUCAGGACAGAAACAGCAACAACGGAUGUGAUGACCACAACAGAGUCAGCAGAUGAGUUGCUAUCAGAUCAGACGUCACCUCUGACAUCCAUGCUGGAGCUCAGUGGCUCUACAAGCUCGGUGGAGGACGACAGAAGAAACAACACCAUCAGCACCUCUCACCACAACAUCAUGAGUCUCAAUGAGACAGCUGUCUCUACAAACACCACGAGUGUAGCCAUGGAAUACCAAGAAACAGGAACUGGCCCUGAAAACGCAAGUAUAAACAUUCAGGAGAUGACUGAGUUCUCAACAUCUGGAACAUCCAUCCAGCUGGACCUUGAUGUCCAAACAACAACAUCGAUGAGUUGGACAGAAGAUAGAACAAGUGAUACUGAUGAAGCAAACACCAGCAAGGUGCCACUGAUUUACUCAACAUACGAGACUGAUGUAACACUAACCAACGGAAGUGAUGGCACAACAGACCACCAAAGUCCAUCUCCAACUACAGCAGGAACCUAUCUGGAGAUACUUUCUACAAACCAAACACCUCCAGAUGACACCAUCAGACCUACUGGAACAUCAGGACAUAUCAAGAUAACAGCAACACCAGUCCUUUCUACACAAGUUACAAGCGGAUCCACAGAGAACACAGAGGAACCGCUGGUGUCUAGUAUGGAGAUGAUGGACUGGAAAACAGAGGAGAACACCAAAGCUCUCACAACAACUCAAGGAAAUGUGUACAAUAACACGACUUGGAGAGAUGGAGCAUGGUCUACAAACACUGAAGACACCUGGAGCACCAACACCACCAUGUCCAAGAACGUCCCCACAUCAGAGAUGGAGACAGCACAGUGGACAAAUUGCUUCACCAAGGGUUCAUCAUCUCAGCCUCGCCAUUUCUCCAAGCUAGUCUGUUUCGUCACAUUAUGGACUCUCGGGAUGAUCGCAUCAAUCUCUCUGGGCCUCACCGUGUUCCUGUGGGUGCGUCUGUCUGUCACAAAAAAGAGGGCAAAAUUUGGGGGACAAAGACAGAAGAACAAAAAAGGACAUAGACCAACAGUGAAAGAGAAAGAGAACCUGUGGGCAGAGCCAGACUCAUCCACCGAGGAGAGAGUGGAGUUUUGGUACGCUGACGGGGCCACGGUGGAGGAGAACAAGAGAAGAAACAGAUCAAGACAAGCGAGGACGAGGUCGAACGGAGAGAGGCAGGCGGGGACGGAGGAGGACAUGUGGAUCCAGCCGACAGUGACGCUAAAGGACAUCACGGAGUUCUGGUACACAAAGGGGAGAGUGAGACGCGACGAGGAGACACGAUGUGAACUCAACGAGGACGGAGUGUGAAGGAGAGAGACACGCCGAGAGAGACAGACUGAGAGAGGGAAAGAAUCAGAGAGAUGGAGACAGAGAGAGGGAAUGAAAAAGUGAGAAGGAUGAGUCUGUGUCCAAAAUAAUGCUCUACGCCUGACUCCCUAGAAAGAUCACGCAGGCUCACGCAGCCACACUACAGAGUAUUAUUUUAAACUCUGCCUGCAGUGCAUUGUGGGAGUUAAUCAACAUACAAACCACAGAGCAGCCUGAAGAGUGCACUAUGGAGUGAACAGGGCGCAGUGCUGAGUGCGAUGUGUGUAUUCAGCUUCAUGAUGUGUAAAAUCACACACACACACACACACACACACACACACACACACACACACACACACACACACCUACUGUUAUGUCUUCAGAAGAAUAUUUGUGCUUGAUUGAAUAAAUUGUAUGUAAAUAA